CUUCACUUCAUUCCAAUUUCAAUUAACUUUGAUUUGCAUGCGCUUUCAUUAGCAGUCGAUGGGGAAAUUCCCGUCACAUCUAUCUGUCCCCUUUGGACGGUUUGUUAUCCUUUGUCGUUCCUUGCAGGCUACUGGCCACUCGGCUUCACGUGGUGCAACGUGUACGUUACCUGCGAUGUGCUCGCCUGCUCCUCGAGCAUACUGCACAUGUGCUUCAUCAGUCUGGGCAGGUAUAUGGGCAUCCGCAAUCCACUGGGCUCGCGACAUCAUUCCACAAAGCGCCUGGCUGGCAUUAAAAUUGCCAUUGUCUGGGCCAUGGCCAUGCUGGUGUCCAGCUCAAUAACGGUGCUGGGUCUGGUCAACGAGAAGAACAUCAUGCCCCACCCGAAUGUGUGUGUGAUUAACAAUCGAGCCUUCUUUGUGUUCGGCUCGCUGGUGGCGUUCUACAUACCAAUGCUGAUGAUGGUCUCGACAUACGCACUCACCAUUCCACUGCUGCGCAAGAAGGCCCGCUUCGCCGCCGAGCAUCCGGAGAGCGAACUCUUCCGUCGGUAAGUGGAUUGAAAACUUUGAUAUUCGCUCUCGCGCUGCAGCACUGCACAGCACACAAGUAAAUGCAAUUAGUCUGCACGAUUGGCUUCAGGGCACAGAUUUGUGCCACCUUUGACCGGACACUAAUAGGCAAUGGCCAGCGGUCAGCAGCUGCAAUUGGAUUUAUCUGUCAAUCGAUACCAAUAAAUUAUUUGCAAAUGAAAAUGCUUUCAAACGAGAUCCUAGACGCCGAGCAACUGUCACGGCUAGUUACUACAUGUGG